AGAGCCCUUAUCGUAACCUCGACAACGCUUGAAAAAUUCAAGUGGCAUUCGUGAAAAUGGCGUUCGGUAAAGUGACCUUACUGACAAUUUUUGUGGUAUUUUGUGCCUUUUUCUCGGUAAACGGACAAAAAAGGGUGGUGGAAUUGAACGAGGACAAUUGGACGGACAUACUGAAAAAUGAGUGGAUGGUAGAAUUUUAUGCCCCCUGGUGUCCAGCAUGUAAAGCUCUGCAGAAAACAUGGGCCGACUUUGCAGGUUUAGCGCCAGGCUUAGGAAUAAAGGUUGGCCAGGUAGAUGUGACAACGUCGCAGGGUUUAAGUGGGAGAUUUAUGAUUACAGCGUUGCCAACCAUAUUCCAUGUUUUAAAUGGGGAAAUUAGGCAAUAUAAAGGAUCAAGAGAUAAGGAUUCCUUUACAUCGUUUGUAGAGGAUAAAAAAUGGCAACAGGUUGAACCUACUCCAGGCUGGAGGGCCCCGGAUUCCAUUCAAAUGACUGUUGUUUCAGGUUUCUUUAAGUUGUCUCAAUAUUUGAGGCAAGUUCAUACAAAACUAAUGGAAGAUUUUGGGUUACCCACAUGGGGUUCAUAUUUGAUUUUUGCUUUAGCCACCAUUGUAAUGGGUGCCUUAAUUGGAAUGGUUUUAGUAUGCGUUAUUGAUUUAAUUUACCCACCAAAAAGGUCUGUAGAAUUAAAAGUUAUUAAUAACAAGAAGAAAGCUAAGGACAGCGGGGAUGAAAUGGGUGAUGAAGACAUUGGGGACGAUCUCCUCGACGAUGCUCAAAAUAGUCAGACUGAGGGCGAGGAAAACAACACGGCAAGCGAUUCGGAGCUAAAAAAUAAAGACGAAUCUGCCAAAAAUAAAGUAAAAAAACGCAAAGCCAGAAGGGUCGACAUGUGAUUGAUUAGUUUGUAAAAAAUAAACGUUAUUAAAAUAAAACCAGAAUGCUAAAUGCUAAACUAACGGUUCUAACUUACGUAUUCGCUACGUUAAUUUAUUUUUGUAAUAUUAAUAUUUAUAUGAUAAAUAAAAAAUGAGGUAUAAUCAAACUUUUUUUUAUUGCAUUUAUCGUUCCCGGAAAAUGUGAAUAGUAAAUGCAAUUUAAAUCUUGAUUCUACAUAAAUGUUUCCAAUGAUGAAAUACAUUUAUCGUUUUUGACUGUAUCGCAACUUUUAGUUUUUUGAAAUAUAAUACAUUUUGCCAAUGUAACCAAACAUCACACCGCUAUAAGUGAUAUUUUCUAUUUAAUUUGACUGUUUUAGUAUUAUUAUUUUCCUCCAUUUUUUUUAAGUUUCCCCGUAUAUUAUUAUAUUUGCUAUUUUAUUGUUAUUCUACUAUUAUCUAGGAUGAUAAAACACUUAUUUCAUGUUGAUCUUUAAAAUUUUUAUUUAGGGAAUUCUUGUCAUUCCAAGAGGUUGUGUAAUAUUGUUUGUGUAAAUUUUUAUAUGUACAGAUUUCUUUACAAUUUUUCUAAUAAAU